CGACGGCAGGAGGAGGAUGGCCGGGGGCGCUGGCGCCGGUGCGGACGGCGGUGCAGGCGGCGGCGGCGGCGGGGGCGACGGCCGCGGUCCCAGCGGUGGCAGCAGCAGCAGCGGCGGGAGGAGCCUCCGGGAAAUGGAUGAAAAGAGGCUACUGGAUCCAGGGUUGAAAGUUCGUAAAGGCCUCUGGGAUUAUACUCUGAAGAACCAGCAGAUGGAAUGCCUGAGUGACUGAAGAAAAUGGGUGCUAAUGCAUCUAACUAUCCUCAUUCAUGUUCCCCGAGGGUAGGGGGAAAUUCUCAAGCCCAACAGACUUUUAUAGGGACAUCAUCCUAUUCUCAGCAAGGCUAUGGUUGUGAAUCAAAAUUAUAUAGCCUUGACCAUGGCCAUGAGAAACCACAAGACAAAAAAAAGAGAACCUCUGGCCUUGCCACUCUCAAGAAGAAGUUUAUCAAGCGUCGAAAAUCUAAUAGGUCUGCUGAUCACGCCAAGCAGAUGCGAGAACUCCUCUCUGGGUGGGAUGUUCGAGAUGUCAAUGCAUUAGUGGAGGAAUAUGAGGGAACUUCAGCCUUAAAGGAGCUUUCUCUACAAGCCAGUUUGGCUAGACCAGAAGCCCGGACAUUGCAGAAAGAUAUGGCCGAUCUUUAUGAGUACAAGUAUUGUACUGAUGUAGACUUAAUAUUUCAAGAAACUUGUUUUCCCGUUCAUCGUGCCAUUUUGGCGGCAAGAUGUCCAUUUUUUAAAACACUACUUUCUUCCUCACCCGAGUAUGGGGCAGAGAUCAUAAUGGACAUCAGUACAGCUGGUAUAGAUAUGCCCAUGUUUUCUGCGUUGUUACACUACCUUUAUACGGGAGAGUUUGGAAUGGAGGACUCAAGGUUUCAAAAUGUUGAUAUCCUCGUUCAGCUUAGUGAAGAAUUUGGAACACCAAAUUCCCUUGAUGUAGAUAUGCGUGGACUCUUUGAUUACAUGUGUUAUUAUGAUGUCGUCCUUAGUUUUUCUUCAGACUCUGAACUGGUUGAAGCUUUUGGUGGAAAUCAGAACUGUUUAGAUGAAGAGCUCAAAGCUCAUAAGGCUAUUAUUUCAGCACGGUCCCCAUUUUUUCGAAAUUUAUUACAAAGGAGGAUACGGACGGGUGAAGAAAUCACAGACCGAACUUUAAGGACUCCCACAAGAAUUAUAUUAGAUGAGUCCAUUAUACCAAAAAAAUAUGCGAAAGUUAUAUUACACUGUAUGUAUACUGACGUGGUGGACCUCUCCGUUUUGCACUGUAGCCCCUCUGUGGGGAGUCUCAGUGAAGUUCAGGCUCUCGUCGCAGGGAAGCCAAACAUGACUAGGGCAGAAGAAGCCAUGGAACUUUACCACAUAGCACUGUUCUUGGAAUUUAACAUGCUUGCACAAGGCUGUGAGGAUAUCAUUGCUGAAAGCAUCUCAUUAGAUACCUUAAUUGCCAUCCUCAAGUGGAGCUCUCAUCCAUAUGGCUCUAAAUGGGUACACCGACAAGCUUUGCAUUUCCUCUGUGAGGAAUUUUCCCAGGUCAUGACUUCGGAUGUUUUUUAUGAACUCAGCAAAGACCAUCUGCUUACUGCUAUCCAGUCUGACUACCUACAGGCAAGUGAACAAGAUAUCCUUAAAUAUCUGAUUAAAUGGGGUGAGCAUCAGUUAAUGAAGAGAAUAGCAGACAGAGAGCCAAACUUACUGAGUGGCACUGCUCACAGUGUGAACAAGAGAGGUGUAAAAAGACGAGACCUGGACAUCGAAGAGCUUAGAGAGAUCCUUUCUUCUCUCUUACCUUUUGUGCGAAUUGAACAUAUUUUACCUAUAAACAGUGAAGUCCUAAGUGAUGCAAUGAAAAGAGGCUUGAUUAGUACUCCUCCAUCAGAUAUGCUUCCUACAGCAGAAGGUGGAAAGUCAAAUGCCUGGUUACGGCAAAAAAAUGCUGGAAUAUAUGUUCGUCCUCGACUGUUCUCUCCCUAUGUAGAAGAAGCAAAGUCAGUGCUAGACGAGAUGAUGGUGGAACAAACAGAUCUUGUGCGUUUGAGAAUGGUUAGAAUGUCCAAUGUGCCAGACACACUUUACAUGGUCAAUAACGCUGUGCCACAGUGCUGUCACAUGAUCAGCCACCAGCAGAUCAGCAGUAACCAGUCAAGCCCUCCUUCGGUUGUAGCAAAUGAAAUCCCAGUUCCUCGUCUCCUCAUUAUGAAAGACAUGGUCAGACGUCUGCAGGAGCUACGACACACAGAGCAGGUGCAGAGGGCCUACGCGCUUAACUGUGGGGAAGGCGCCACAGUCAGCUAUGAAAUUCAGAUUCGAGUAUUGAGAGAGUUCGGGCUCGCAGAUGCCGCUGCAGAGCUCUUGCAGAAUCCUCACAAGUUCUUUCCUGAUGAACGUUUUGGAGAUGAAAGUCCACUCUUGACAAUGAGGCAGUCUGGGAGAUGUCGAGUUAGCAGUACCCCCGCUGCAGAAACUGUGUUUACAGAUCCGGACUCUUUUGUGGCCUUCCAUCCACCCUUGCCACCUCCACCACCGCCGUACCACCCCCCAGCUACCCCAGUCCAUCACCACCUCAAAGCGGGCUGGAGACAAAGACCGCCCAGCCAACACCCUUCACGUUCGUUCUCUUAUCCCUGUAAUCAUUCACUGUUUCACUCCAGAGCAGCUCCUAAAGCAGUGCCCCCUCCAGUCUGUUUGCCAGGUGUUCAAGCAGCAGGACCUGACUGUGCCGGCACCACAGGGCUGGGGAGACAGACGGUAGCCGCCGCCGCCUCAGCAGCAGUAACAUCUGAGAGACAAGUGUGUACACAACCUGUGCUAAAUGAUCUAAUGCCAGAUAUCGCCAUGGGAGUGUCCACACUGUCACUGAAGGACAGGAGGCUUCCCGAACUUGCUGUAGACACAGAAUUAAGCCAGUCAGUUUCUGAAGUAGGACCAGGGCCUCCCCAGCAUCUAUCGUGUAUUCCACAGAGGCAUACACACACAUCUCGAAAGAAACACACACUAGAGCAAAAAACAGACACUCGAGAAAAUCAGCAGGAAUAUCCAGAUUUCUAUGACUUCUCGAAUGCUGCUUGCAGACCGUCUACUCCGGCUCCUGGCAGACGCACCCCUUCCCCUUCGCAAGGUGGAUAUUUUGGUCCUGAUUUGUAUAGCCACAAUAAGGCAUCACCAAGUGGCUUAAAGUCAGCCUACCUACCUGGCCAGACCUCUCCUAAAAAGCAGGAAGAAGCUAGGAGAGAAUAUCCACUUUCCCCCGAUGGGCAUCCGCACAGACAAAAGAAUGAGCCGGUGCACCUCGAUGUCGUUGAGCAGCCUCCCCAGCGGUCGGACUUUCCUUUGGCAGCCCCAGAAAAUGCCGGCAACGGUCCAGCCCAUGUCAGGGGGCGAACAGCAGUGGAAACUGACUUGACUUUUGGGCUGACUCCUAACAGACCUUCACAUUCUGCAUGUAGCUCUGAAGCUCCAGAAGAGAGAUCUGGUAGAAGACUGGCAGACGGCGAGUCCUUGGGCCAUGGAGCUCAGCGAAAUACAGAUUUGGAAAGGGAAGAUUCAAUCAGCAGAGGAAGGAGGUCACCAAGCAAGCCAGACUUCCUCUACAAAAAGUCUGCCCUUUGAGAGCAACCUCCAAGUCGUCUGUGCCUGAGAUGUGAAACAUCCCAUUUUAUGAUGUAACCCAACAACUUAGAGUAUUGAUGCCAGCUGAUAACUCAGUUUCACAUUAUUUUAUUCUAGUUUUUGUAUAUACAUGUUUAUUAGACAUGGCAUGCUAAGAGGGUUAUUUUGAAUGCUGCAUCUGUCUAUUUUGUGUUUAAACAAUUGUGUGGGGAAGCAUUUUUAAGAGCAAGCAAGCUGGCCCUUUUUUUUUUUUUCUCUUUACAAAUGAUGGAAUUUUUUUGCACUUGUACUUUUAUCUGUAUUGUUUUUAUAUCAGUAUGUUAAACUUUAUUGCCACAUUUAAAGGACUGUAUUUUCAUACUUUUUUGCAUUUUACCUUUCAUCUAGCAAUUUCCACGUGCACUGGAUUGCACACUAAGAUGUAUUUUCUUAUGAAAUAGUUCUGUGUUUAUUUUUUAAUUAUAGAAAUUCCAAAGAACAGCACAUCAAAAUGCUCCUCUCUUUUCAGUAAUUGCUUUAGUUCAGAAAUCUUCCUGCUCAAUCUUCAUAAAUCUAAUGUUGUACUUUUUAAAUAAGUCUUGGGAGCUGGUCUUCAUUCCUCCAGCAGGAGUCCAAUCAGGAUCCUGAAGUUUCCUGGUUCAGUAAAGAACAAGAAGGAGAAAAGCCUUUUGUGUCCAGACUAAAGCUAUUGCUUUAUUCACAGUGCAGAUGCUGUUAGAAUCACUGCAGAUUCUGGUAGUGUGGAUUAGAGUUUCACUAGAUGAGGUUCUAAAGCGAUUGGCUUUCCUGGAAUCCUAAAGAAGUGGAAUUAGCGAAGUAACUUAAGCUUGCCCUACGGGAUUGCUGGUUCUGAGCUGCAACUCUCCAGAUGAGUCAGGGGAGUGACUGCUUGCUGCCUUCAGUUGUCUUGCUCUCUGUGGGAAAAAAAACAAAAAACAAAAGGGCUUCAGCCUUACGGAUGUCGUUUGGUGUUUGUAAGCAUAUAUUUUCUUUUAAGUGUUUUUCAAAGUGUGUCUGAAUUUUGGUGUCCUUUAAAAAAGUUGUUGUAUAAUGCAUAAUGCUUUGUCACCAAAAAAGAAAAAGAAACCUUUUUUUUUUUUUCUUCGGUGAAACACUACAUGUCCUACUUGAACUCCACUGGGGACGCUGGUUUGGGAUUUUACUGAACCACUGAGCACAUGGGAUCUUUUAAGAUCCUCUCCCUUAGAAGGGCAAUGUGUGAGCUAAGGACUGUUUUUUUCUUACUCUCCAAUGUAAAUACAUUAGUAUUUGAGUUUUUAAAUCACUUCAACAUUAUUUGAGCGUUCACUUUCUAUUUUUACACAUACACACACAGCCGUAGCACUUAGAAGAAAAGAGACUUUCUGAACGCUCCCUCCUGUGAAGGAUGUUUGGGAGCCUCUUCUCUGUGUAUGUAUAUAUAUAUAAAACUCUGAAUGACUCACACUCACUCUAAAACUAUGCAGGGCUAGGGAGCCUUUACAAGCUACCAUAUAAAUGAAUGACAUGCACUUUUAAGUAAAUAGGUUUCUAUUGGGUGUCAAGAACUCUGAUUUCUCCCGAAACUGUAGUUUCUCUUACAAUCUUUUCCUACUUUUACCCUGUGGAUAUACACUCAGGAAUAAUCUGACAUUUUAAAAAAUCCUAACAGUAGAUAGUCUUAAAGAUGGGAACACAUCAGUUUGUCUGUCUACACCGGCAAACCGCUGCCACUCGCUCUGCUGCCUGGCUAGUUAGCUGCUGCCCGUGCGUCCCUCGAUGUCGGCCAAGCUGCACACCGAGCCCCAGAUCUCCCAGAGUCAACACCAGGCUACUGUGAGGUCGGCUACACAUCGUCGCCUUUGAGGCUCCUUUUUUUAAAGAUGAAAAACGUUAGGACUCUGUUCUCGUUUUUAGGAGGUUUUUGACUUUGUAAUAGAUGAUGGUGUCUUUUGAAGCCAAUCUCAGUCUGUCUCUCCUCAGAAACACAAAGUGUUAAUUCCAUCAUAUUCCUUAAUGUGUAUUUAUAUACAUGUGUUGACAUGAAUUAUUUUGAUACAGUUUUAAAUUCUAUUCUGAAUUCAGACUGUGCUGUGCUGGUACUGCAAAUAAGAGUGAGUAGACAUAGUUGGUGGGGGAAAUCUUUCUCAUCUCCAACCUGUUUUUUUUUUAAAAUGUUAGACAAGAGCUAUUGGUGCCACACAUGCAUUUUUCUGAAAAUUUAUUAAAUAUUCUUUCACGUCCCUAAAAUAUAAUUAUAAAAGAAGUGGCCACUGUUCAUAGUUUUAUUUAAUUUAUGAAGUUUGCUUUUAAUAAUUUAGUAGCAUACCUGGCUAAACUCUAUGUGUAGAGAGAAACGUGCUGUGGAUCGUGGACUGUUGCAGAAGGUAAACAGAUGUGGGUUUUGUGUUAGGGCAGGUGUUAGUGGACUUUUAAUGUAUCUUGUGAAGUAUGGUCAGUAGGGUAGGUUGAAUAGCUAUGUGCCUCUGGCUUUUGAACCCAUCUCUUCAGUUUUCUUUAAUGCGUACUAAGCAUUAAAAUCUUUCAGUGCUGUACGAAGAUAAAUAUGAAGUCUGAGUAAGAUUGCUCUCAGAAA